AUGGAGGAUAGAUUGAACGAUCAGGAGCAGUACAAGAAUCUAAAGAAAGCUCGACAUUCAUCUUACAUGCAGGAGUACCAUGAGGGUAUGAAAAAAUUUGAGAUCUUUGACAAAGCCAUGCAUUUACGGACUUUCUUACCAUUUUGCUCAAAAUAUAGAUGGGGUAAUAAUUUGGCAAGCAAUGUUCCCCUUAAUCUAUUCCCGAAGCUAAGACGCUUGAGGGUGCUCAAUAUGAGUGGAUAUUCCAUCACAGAAGUUCCAAAUUCAAUUGGAGAUUUAAAACAUCUGCGGUAUCUUAACCUUUCCAAUACCUUUAUUAAAGAAUUACCUGAAUCAUUAGGGUCUCUCUACAAUCUACAAACAUUGAUGUUAAGAGAAUGUCGAAAUCUAAAAAAGUUGCCAACAAACUUGGGAAACCUAAUUGACCUACGUCAUCUCGAUACUACAGAUGCACAUUCCUUAGAAGAAAUGCCAUUGGGAAUAGGUAAGUUGGUUAGUCUUCAAACACUGUCCAAUUUCGUUGUUAGUAAAAACAAUGGGCUUCGGAUAAAAGAGUUGGGGAACUUAAUUUAUCUACGGGGGAAGCUUUGCCUAUCUGGAUUACAGAAUGUGGUGAAUCCUCUAGAUGCAAGAGAGGCGAAUUUAAAUGAUAAGCAGGGCUUAAAUGUGUUAUUGAUGGAAUGGAGUGUGAACUCAGAUGAUUCACGGGAUGGAAGAGUAGAAACAGAAGUGCUUGACAUGCUACGACCUCACAAGAAUUUAAAAAAGCUCCAUAUCAAAGGCUACCUUGGUUCAAGAUUUCCGACUUGGAUAGGAGAUCCUCUGUUCUCCAAUAUGGCUGGCCUACAUUUAGAUAAUUGUGGAAAUUGUGCAUUCUUGCCACCACUUGGACAACUACCCUCCCUCAAAAAGCUUUACAUUAAAGGAAUGAGUGUACUAAAGCAUGUCGGUUGUGAGUUCUACGGGCAGGGUGAUGUUCAACCUUUUCCGUUACUGGAGACUCUAAGCUUUGAGAAUAUGCUAGAAUGGGAGGAUUGGUAUACUUUUGGAGAUCACAAGGAAGUUCAACCAUUCACUCGUGUCAAGCAUCUCUCCAUAAUAAAAUGUCCCAAACUUCUUAAAAUGUUGCCUACUGAUCUACCUUGUUUGAAUAAUCUAGAGAUUAGGGACUGCCCCAAACUCUGCGGGAUGAUGCCCAAGGAUCUACAUUGUUUGAAUAAUCUAGAGAUUUCAGAGUGCCCACAAUUCCCAGUUGAAGGUUCCAGCAUUAGUCUCCCAUCACUCACCUCGAUAGCUAUGAAUGACGUUCCUCUAACAAGCCUUGAAGUGGUCCUUGAGAUGAGGAGUAUGGAUGGUGAAGUGAUAUCGGCAAAUGCAAAGUCUACGCAUCCAAAUUCAAUGAUUUCCUUGAGCAUUGGCAUGAUUAAGAAACUUGAGCUCUUGCCGAAAUGGGUUACUCAUGAGCUGAUGGAACUCGAAGCAUUGAAGAUUACUAGCUGUGAAGAACUCAAGACACUGUGGAAGAAUGAGGCGAGAGUGCAACACAGUCUCCCUGCAUUCCGACGUUUGGAAAUUGAAGGCUGCCCCCAGCUUGUUUCAUUGUUUGAGGGAGAUGAGGAUGAAGAAAAUGAAGGGCAACAUCAGCAACAACAAGAAGAGGGACUGUCUUGCAUGGUGAGGCUUGAGCAUCUAAGAAUAGAUAAUUGUGAAAAGCUGGAGAAACUGCCACGGCUGCUACAUAACUUCACUUUUCUUGGAGAGUUGUAUGUCUAUAAGUGUCCGAGUCUCAGCUCUUUUCCGGAGACAGGUUUUCCGUGCACGCUGAAAACACUCAGGAUAGGUGAUUGUGAGGCUCUGCAAUCCUUAUUCGGGUGUUUAACACAGAUUAAUGACAGUAAUCUUCAAGUGUUAGAUGUUCAAGAUUGUCCAUCCCUCACAUGCUUAAUAUCGUGCAGAGGUGGGAGGCUACCACCCACACUCAAAGAGCUUCAGAUUAGGAGGUGUAAAAAGUUGGAGGCACUGCUAGAAGAGGAGAGGAUGGAAAUUAACUAUCCAUCUCUUGAGUCUGUUUGGAUCAGUGGUUGUGAUAGGCUGAAAUACUUGCCAGAUGCCCUUCCUAAUAAUAAUAAUCUCAGGAAUCUCAGUCAAUUGAUCUUGUAUGGUUGGGAUGCAAAAAACUGA